CGUGUUCUCGGCGAGCGGCGGGAAUGGCGGACGAGCUGAGCGCUGAGGCGGCGCGGGAGAUCCGCCAGCUGCAGAAAUCCAAGGAGAAGUCGCGGCGGGUCGGGAACGCCGCCGAGGAAGCGGCCGCCUGCAACCGCCUGGGAGAGAUCCUGGCUGCCCACGGGCGUUUCCGGGAGGCGCUGGAGCAGCACCGGGAGGAGCUGCGGCUGCUGGAGGGCGCCGGCGACGCGCUGGGCUGCGCCGUGGCGCACCGCAAGGUGGGCGAGCGCCUGGCCGAGCUGCAGAGCUUCCCACAGGCCCUGCAGCACCAGCUGCAGCACCUGUUCCUGGCCCGGCAGCUCGGUGACCCCGCGGAGCAGCAGCGCGCCUGGGCCACCAUCGGCCGCACCUUCCUCUUCAUGGCCGAGGGCCCCGAGCCUCCCGACGUUCCCGAGCUCCCGGAAUUCCCGGAAUUCCCGCAGAUCCCCGAGGGAUCCCUGGAGGCCGAGGACGCCGCGGAGAAUUCGGGAAGCGAGGGAAAUUCGGGAAUUUUGGGGGCUCCGGCCGCGCUGCGCCGGGCGCUGCAGGCCUUCCACAACAGCCUCAGCGUGCUGGACACGCAGCUGGAAGGCGUGCUCCCAUGCCGGGAGCUGGCCCGCGUGCUCCCGUGCCGUGAGCUGUCCCGCAUGCGCAGCCGGCUGCUGCUGAACCUGGCGCUGGUGCAGGAGUCGCUGGGGAACCACGGGCGCUGCUCCCGCCUGCUGCGCCGCAGCGCCCUGCUGGCCGAAGAAUGCCAUUCCCUGGAGGAUCAGUUCCGCGCCCAUUUCAACCUGGGGCUGCUGCAGCAGCGCGGGGCCCAACUCCCCGACGCCCUGCGGAGCCUCGGCCGCGCCCGCGACUGCGCCCGCGGCCUCGGCGAGCCCCGGCUGCACGGAGAGGCCGAGGCCGCCCUGGCGCAGGUGCUGCUGGCGCUGGGGGACCUGCGGGGCGCUGGGCGGGCGCUGCGCCGGGCGCUGGCCCUCGGCAACCCCGGCACCGCCGACGGCAACCGCGGCCCCGGCAGCCGACGGCACGCGCGGCGGGUGUGCCGCUGCCUGGCGCUGCUGUCCCGCGCUGACCCCGCUGUCCCCUCGCUGUCCCUGUCACUCUGCGAGCGCCUCGGGGACAGCCUGGCGCGGCUCGGCCACUUCCAGCGGGCGGCCGACUUCUACCAGAGACAGCUGUCGCUGGCCGAGUCGCUGGGGCUGCCGGCCCGGGAGCUGGCCGUCAUCCACGUCUCGCUGGGCACCACCUUCCGCGACCUGGGGCUGCACCGGCGCGCGCUGCGGCACUUCCAGAGCGAGCUGGAGCUGCGCAAGGGGGAGCCGCUGGAGGAGUGCCGCACGUGGCUGAACGUGGCGCUGGCUCUGGAGGACUCGGGCUCGGCGCCGUCUCAGCUCCUGCCCGCACUGCACAGCGCCCUGAGCUGCGCCCGCAGCGCCGGAGACGCCCGCCUGCAGGUGUCGGCGCUGAAGGGGCAGGAGGUGCGCGUGUCGGCGCUGAAGGGGCAGGAGGUGCGCGUGCGGUGUCGGCGCUGA